AUGGCAGACGAGCGUACAAAGCAGCAGCUUAUCAAUCGGCGAACAACACUUGUCGCGUCACUAGGAAGAGCGGAGCAGUUUGUCGAAAAUUAUGCUGCGGAACGGGAUGCAGGUCAAGUGCAACUACGACUCGAAAAUCUUGAUACCGUGUGGAUGGGACUGGAGGAUGUACAGACACAGCUUGAGGACUUGGAGGAUACUAAUGAAGGUAUGGUCCUAAAUCUCCAAUUUCGUUCCCACUAUGAAACCCGCUUUUUCCAAAUAAAGGCUGCUUUGCAAUCCCAUGUCUCUAAGGCUAAUCCUUCUACCGGCGCAUUCCCACAGUCUGCCUAUUCUGGGCUUUCAGCAAUUAAACUGCCAGUUAUUUCGUUACCUGAAUUUGAUGGGGACUAUAACCAGUGGCUGGCCUUCCACGAUACGUUCGUUGCGUUGAUUCACGACAACACAGAAGUCCCCGAAAUCCAAAAAUUCCACUAUCUUAGAGCCGCUGUGAAAGGAGAGGCAGCUCAGCUUAUUGAAUCCAUAGGUAUCAGUGCCGCUAACUACUGUAUUGCCUGGCAAACUCUUGUGUCGCGUUAUGCCAAUGAUUAUCUUCUUAAAAAGCGCCACGUUCAAGCGCUUUUAGAUUGCCCCCGAAUGAAAACCGAAUCCGCUACUGCAUUGCAUGCUGUCGUUGAUGAUUUCGUACGUCAUACCAAAACCCUGCGUCAGCUUGGAGAGCCCAUUGACGCAUGGAGCACCAUGUUGGAACACUUGCUUUGCCAACGUCUCGAUGAUGGUACCCUUAAAGCUUGGGAAGUAUUCGCUACUACGGCUGACAAUCCGGACUUCAACUGUUUAAUCGACUUUUUGCAACGACGCGUCCGCGUGUUAGAGUCGAUGACCGUUAACCAUCAAGCUCUUUUACUGUCCAGCAAUCAGCCGUCUAAUAAUCAGCCGCCCGCAUUUCGCCGCUCGUCGUUUAAUAGAAUUGCUACCCAUGCUGUGACUGAAACCAAUCAGUAUAAAUGUCAUUCAUGUGAUCAGCACCAUUUGUUAUUCCAGUGUCAACACUUUGGAACAAUGUCCCUCUCCGAUCGUUUAAAUCUCGUUAAUGAUCUGCACCUUUGUCAUAAUUGCUUCAGACAGAACCACAUUGCUCGCAACUGUCAGUCAAAAUUUUCCUGUCGUCAUUGCAAGAGGAGGCACCAUUCGUUGUUACAUCCAGGCUAUCAUCCAACCACCGAUGAACAGAUAACAACUACAUCCCGGGCAAUGGCCAUUCCUACACAAAACGAACAGCAUUCAACGGACUCGGUCCUUCAUCAACCAGCAACGACAUCUCAUGCCACCGCUUAUCCAUCUUGUGCUCUUUCUUCCAAACCCAGUUCUGAUGCAAACGUAUUGCUCUCAACAGUUGUUGUAUUGGUUCUCGAUUCGAAUGGCCAAGCGCACCAUGCCCGAGCUUUGCUAGAUAACGGAUCGCAGUCAAAUAUUAUAAGCGAAAGGUUGUGCCAAAUGUUGCGUUUGAAACGCAGGAAAAUCAAUAUUCCUAUUUCUGGUGUGGGCCAAUCCUCGUGUAGCGUUCGUCACGCUGUUAAAGCCAACAUUAAAUCCAGAAUGAAUGAUUUCGCAAUUGAUUUGGAAUGUCUUGUUAUGCCCCGUAUCACGAUUGACUUACCUGCAACGAUCUUACCUAGGGACAAUUGCCAUGUACCUCAACACCUCUUUUUGGCCGACCCAACAUUCGAUAAAACUGGUGCUAUCGAUUUAUUGCUCGGUGCGGAACACUUUUUCACCUUCAUUAAUUCGGGAAACAAAAUUGAAUGCUUAGGAAAGCCAACCUUAAUAGAGAGCGUUUUUGGGUGGAUCGUCACCGGCAGGCAGCAAGUGGGGCUCGUUUCGCACCCUCUGCUUUGUCAUCUCGCGAUAAACGAUAGCCUUUCUGAAGCUCUGGAGCAGUUCUGGCGCAUCGAAGAAAUUGAAGGCAAGCGACUUCACUCCCCCGAACAACAGCAAUGUGAAUCCCACUACACCAAAAAUGUAUCCCGUACGAGCGAGGGCAGAUACGUGGUGCGAUUGCCCCGUCAAUCAAAUUUUGACCACAUGAUAGGGGAAUCCAAAACAACAGCCUUACGGCGGUUUCGCUACCUUGAGAAAAGAUUAUCCCGAGAUCCUGAUAUGAAAAUACAAUACCAUCUCUUUAUGUCCGAGUACCUAACGCUAGGGCAUAUGAGACAAGUCUCUACAAAAGAAUGUGAACCAGAGCAUGUGUAUUAUUUACCGCAUCAUGCCGUCUUGAAAGAAUCCAGUACAACGACAAAACUCCGCGUGGUGUUCGAUGGAUCUGCUAGAACGUAG